CCAGCAACCACAUGGUGGCUUCCAACCAUCUGUAAUGGAAUCCGAUGCCCUCUUCUGGUGUGUCUGAGGACAGCUACAGUGUACCCACAUACAUGAAGUAAAUCUUUUAAAAGGGGGGGGGGGGGGCGGGGGACAGGCUGUAUCCCUUGUUAGAGCACAAACAGUUCUAACAAUUUCAUCUGGUAGUUGUUGAACUGGCCUGGCUGUCCAGCAGCUAAAAUGACCAUAUUAACAGUUACUUGAUGUUCAUAGUGAGGCAUGCCUCAGUGCUUGUGGAACGCAUCCUUCAUAUUCUUGCCAGCCCACCUGCACAUUAAGCAUGCUGAUAAAUAUGUUGGUAAGGAGGAACGAUGAACUCAAGGAAACAGUCUCUGACUUGGUGAAUAACCAUUGUGCACUUGAGCAUCCUAAGGGGGCAAGAGAGAAUGGCAGCUACCCAGACCCCUCCCAUCUGACAGACUACAACUUCGAGUUGAAAGCCAGCCAGAGUAAUGCUUCCCCUUGUCUAAUUCUACUUUAUUUUGCCAUUUCCUAUCCAAGGUAGCAUAAAUUUGUAUACCCAUUGAUACAAAGAGCCAAGCAAUACUUCCUGUGUUUAUUGUGAGGAGUGAUGCUAUUGGAAAGUGAAGUGCUAUCUAUGUACUUGGUCUUUAGGUUAGCACUCAGGAAGCAGAGGCAGAUGGAUCUCUGAGUUCAAGGCCAGCCUAGUCUACAAAGGGAGUUCCAAGAUAGACAGGGCUCCUACACAUACAAGCCCUGUUUUAGAAAAUCAAAAAAGUAAAAUAAGAAAAACCACAGUAGCAGUUCUGACCAGAUAGAAUUAAGCCAGUAAUCUAAUAAGACUAAGGGAGGUCAGGUGAUUGUUGAGGUCAGUCAGGCAGAGGCAUGCAUUGUGUUGUCUGCAGGCUUAUGUAGAAACAACAGAAAGAAGCCCAACUAAGUAGAAAAGCAGUUUAUUUUGCAGUUCAACAAAAGGACGAGACCCAGGUCUGGACAGAUUAGGCAUGGGAGAAACAGCAGCAUGUUUCUGGUUCAAAGCAACCUGCAAAGCACAGGACAGGACCUCAAUCUUAUCCUGGGUGGUACCAUAAUUGGGUGCUUCAUUUACAACUCUACCACACUCCAGGUUUGCCUACUUCUGGGUAGCUACAUGGAGAGACCAGUAAGUCAUGUAGAAAUUAACUUACUAUCAUCCUUGUGACAUAAUAAAGUAAGUUCUUUGGAAAGGAAUGUGUUAGGCAGGUAGGGUGUCUUGUUUUCAUUUUCUCUUUUCGACAUCUCCUUGCUUAGCAUCACCCCCCCACCUCCCCGAAUAGCUGGGAAUGUUGGGAUGGGGUGGGGUGGUGUAUUUACAUCUAGCAAAAGAUGUCUAAUAUCUUAAGGACAGGACCACUGAUAAGUGAUCCUGGUGAAGAUGUCAAUAGGAAUAACAAGUCUGAUCUAGCAUCCAUUUCAGUAAAAAAGUGUCUGCUCACCUAGGAAUGCAGAAAUGGUUUGGUGGGUAAAGUGAUUGCCUCAAAAGCAUGAGGACCGGACUUCAGAUCCCUAAAAUCCACAUAAAUUGGUUUCCACAGUGUAUAUGAUCCCAACGCUCCUUCAACAAGAUGAGAGGUAAAGAGAUAGGAGGGUCCCUGGAUGCUUGUGAGUCAACAGUGUCAAACAAAAGUCUCUAUCAAAGUUGAAAGUGCAGGUCAACACUAGAGAUUGUGCCAGCCACUCCUGACUUGGGUUUAAUCCCAGCACUCAGAACGCAGAGGCAGGCAGAUAGAUCUCUGUAUUCCAGGACAGCCUGGUCUAUAGAGUUCCAGGAUAGCUAGGGUUACACCCAGAAACCUCAUCUCAGAAACAAAACAAAACUAACCUCCACAUAUACACCAUAUACAAACAUGCGCGUACACACACACACACACACACACACACACACACACACUGAUGUCCUAAAAGGCUGCUAGAUCUCAUCCGAGUAUUGUUUCAGAGACUUCACAUUUGUGGUCACCUUUGCUGGGAAGUUACACACUCAGCCAGGUAAACUCUGGGAAAUGGAAGGACAAGUUGUUGAGCCCAAGUCUGGCUUCUGUCCCUGUUCCUACAUUUAUUUUAUUCCUGUGCUGAUUAUGAAGCGAUGAGCUGAUUCCUGAAAAACAAUAUUCAUUAAGUACCUGGUUGUUAUUGUUUGCCUAAUCACCAAGAGCCCCCUCUGAAGAUGAUAGAAGUCACCAAGGCUUAGUCAACAAAUUAUCACUGAGGGAACUUCAGGCAAAUCCUAAAUAAAAUUGAUUGAUUAGGAAAAUGGAGAACUUAAUUGGAUCCUAGUUUAGCAUGAAAUGUACAGUUUAGGGAAUUUAAAGUCACAUAUUUACUUUUAGUUGAUAUAUAAAUUAUAUCUUACUGUAAAAAAUUUAAAAGCCUUCACUAGCUAAAUUAAAAAUGGCUUUUGGGGGCUGGUGAGAUGGCUCAGAGGUUAAGAGCACUGGCUGCUCUUCCAGAGGUCCUGAGUUCAAUUCCCAGCACCCACAUGGUGGCUCACAACCAUCUAUAGGGAGAUUUGAUGCCCUCUUCAGCCAGGCGGAAUGUGCAACAGAGCACUCAUACAUUAAAUAAUUUUUUUUUAUUUUUUAAAAAAGGCUUUUAUGUGGCUGGAGAGAUGGCUCAGAGGUUAAGAGCACUAGCUGUUUUUCCAGAAGUCUGGAGUUCAAUUCCUAGCAAUCAUGGUGGCUCACCACCAUCUGUGAUGCCCUCUUCUGGUGUGUCUGAAGACAGUGACCAUGUGCAUAAAAAUAAAACAAUAGCGAAAAUCUGUUUUUAAAAUUGACUUAUUUUUAAAAGUUUGGGAAUGGAGUCCUCUAUGCCAUGAACUGUGUCUCUGCACCCAAAUUGAUUUUAUAAAGAUGGACCUCCCAAUGUGCCCGUUUCUAUAAAUAGGAUUUUUAGAGUAUAUUUAAUGUUAAAGGUAUUCAGAAUGAUGAGUCCCCAAACCAAAAUUUCUGUAGUCUUAUAAAAGGGAGUAUUAAGACAUAGACAUACGGAAGACGUGGAAAAGAGAGCCAUCUAUCAGUCAAGCAGAGGGCCUUCGAAGAAACCAUUCUGUGGCUGUUUUCUAAACUCGAACUGGGAGCAAAUAAAUUUCUGUUGUUCAAGGAACUCCAUCUAUGGUGUUUUGCUAUAGCACCCCCAGCAAACUAAUACAGAUGAUAAUGAAGUACACUGGAUAGUUAAGUCUGUGAGUAUCUGCUGGUGCAAAUCACCAAGGAAAGGGCUUCCCUAAAGAAAAAUGCCAGUUAACAAAUGUAGAAGGUCACCAUUCCAUAACAGUAAUAACUGAUCCAAGUUAGAGAUGAUAAAAGUAGCUAUAAUAGUUUGAUGGGAAACUAUUAUAGGACAUUAGUUAGCCUAACAGUCUCACCCUUAAAUUACAAAGCACACAGUAGUGACUCUGCAGGGGAGAAACCCAGUAAACACUACCUUAACUUCCUAGUAUCAGGACGCCCUGGUUUGGGUGACUCCUUAGAAUGAGUGAGAAUCACUGCGGUCAAACUUCAUCACGUGAAAACAAUCGAACAAAUCAAACAGAACCAAAGCAAAAAAACGAGAAGAUAAAUAGCCUGUUCUCACGUUAGAGCCAUUGAAGACAAAGCAAGGGGCUGAAAAGUGGCUCAGCACUUCAGGGCACUUGCUGCUCUUUCAGGCGACCCGGGUUAGAUUUCCAGCACCCACACAGAGGCUCACAACCAUCUGUCACUCUAGUUCCAGAGACUCCAACGACCUCUUCCGGUCUCUGUGGGCACUAUGUACACACGUGAUACCAGACCACCCAAACACAAAAUUUAAUGAUCUGGCCUAAUAGUGCUCACCUUUAAUCUCAGCACUCAAGAAGCAGAGGCAGGUGGACCUCUUUGAAUUUGAGGCCAGAUUGGUCUACAUAAUGAAUUCCAGGACAGCCAGGACUAUGUAUGGAUCCCAUCUCAAAUGUGAAAAAAGUACAAAUAGCAAUUUAAAAAAGUUAAUUUAAAAGGCAAAGCAUGAUUAGGGGAACUACUCCAGAUGGAAGCAAACCAAAAAGAAGCAGGACACCAGAGUGCUAGGUGUAGUUCUGGACGCACCAAGAGCUUGGAGCUGACUGUGGAGGGCAGGUCAGGCAGUUUGGUAUUCGUUUUCAAACUUCCUUGUGGUAACUGUGUUUGAGUUAUGUAAGAGGAUAAGGCUGUCACCGCACAUCUAGUCUACCAAUCAAUUGCCUCUGGCUGCAGCCGCCGCUCCCCUCCCUAGCUAUUUAGGGACGAUUGUUCGCACUAUCCCUCCCAGUGCUUCGCCCUAUCCCCCAUCUCAUCUCCCGAGCUUUUCCCCAUUUCCCUUUCCGGCGCCCUCCGCCUCCUGUACAGCUGGUUCCUUGGUUUUAAUUGUCCCUGCUCUCUCUUGCCUGCUGGUCCUCCAGCUGUCUGGCACUCUGCCCUCUCCACCUUUAUCCACCUGCGCGUCUCUCGCUUGCCCCUCUAGGUGCGCACCCUGUAGCCCGAGCUCCGCUACGCGUGCGUCUUGAGCUCUUGAGAAAGCAAGAUCGCAUAGUUGCAGAAACUUCAGCCGCUAAGUUUGCGGUGAGCAUCGCAUCCUCGACCGGCGACCUACACCCGUGUGGGGCUAGGCCACCUGACUGCGCUUUGCGCGAUGGGCUGCUCCAGCAGCGCCCUCAACAAGGCGGGCGACAGCAGCAGGUCCGGCAGCGGAGUACCUUCGAAUGAGAAUUCUUCCACUGUAGAACAAAACAAGUUCUGUGUAGCCCAACCCAAGCCAUGUACACCAGGAAGAGAAGCUGCCUUUCGUGGCAAUGCACAAAAGGAAAGCCAUCCUCCCCUAGAGAGGCCCAAGGCUUCAGUGGUGCCUACAGCCAAUGGUGUUAAAUCCUACCACCAACUCUCUCUGGCAAAUGAUGAGAUUUCUGGAAAGGAAGCCACAGAUCAGUCACGACCCACAAAGAAGACUGAGCCUCUAGUGCAAGGGGGAGAAUGUGAGCUACCUCAGCCAGGAGGCAAAGACGACACACUGGGAACGGAGGAAGUGAAGAAAGAUGUGGAGGCAAGGGCAGAGGUCCAGGCUUUACCAGGAAAGGCUGAGACUGAGCCUCUGAGGAUGCCGGCAGAGAGGGACGCCCCUGGAGCGGGGGAAGACAUCGAGCUUCCACAGGCUGGAACGACGAAGUUUCUACAAACAGCUGAGAACAUUCUGUCUCUGGAAACCGCUCAGGAGCUACCACCUGAAGAAGCAAUGGGAAGGGACAAACAGCCCCAGGUUCUAGAAGCAAUUCCCAAAGAGAACAGCUCUCCGGAAAUAGCAGAAGGGAGCCAAUCUGCAGAAAACGGCGAGAAGCAGCAACUUUCAGAAGCACCCGGUGAGGCUGAGCAGCCCCAAGUUCUAGAAAUAGUUCUCAGAGAGAACGAGACACCACAGAUGCCAGACGGAAGCCAGCUAGUGCCAACACCUGUAAUGAACGACUCACCCUGUGAAGCUCCCGAUGGUGUCAGAAAUGAAUCUCAAGUAACACGUGAAAACAGGGUACAUCCGGUCGGAACUGCUGAGACAGCAGCAGAGGUGGAAAUGACCAGAGAAAUCCACCCGGAUAAAGAGGAGCCACACAUUGAAGGAGAAACCGGAGAAAAUGUGGAAGCAGAGAUGAAAAAUGAGGAAGAAAGUGAAGAAGCUGAAACCAAAGAAAAAGAAACCGGAGAAGCUGUGGAUCCCGGAGUAGCAGGGGCUGGCGACAGAAGGGCUUAGUGCUCACAGUUUCACACCUCCGGGCAGAGAUAUUUGAGGCUGGGAGGGUGGGCAGCAUCUUUUUGUGGCCUUGAGGUUGAUGCAAAGAGUGUAGCUUUAGAAUGACUAUAGGAACCCAGAGAAUGAUGCUGGUUUUUAUUGUUUAUGCCAUAAAACUGCUAAGCCAGACACAGUUUUCUUAGGGACUUGGGAUAAUUAUGAAUUCAAAGUGACAAUAGCUAGGGCCAAUCAAAACUGUGAGAUCGCUUAAGAGCAUGAAGACAGUUUUUGUCCUUGUAGCCAUGGGGCCAUUCAGGAAAAAUGAGACCCUAAAAGGAAAGUAUAAACCUUUAAAUGGGGUUGGGGAUUUAGCUCAGUGGUAGAGCGCUUGCCUAGCAAGCGCAAGGCCCUGGGUUCGGUCCCCAGCUCCGAAAAAAAGAAAAGGAAAAAAACAAAAAACAAAAACCUUUAAAUGUAGGUGGCUAGAGAGAAGAACUAGCAAAUUUUACAGAAUGCAUGAUAAGAGCAUGAUAAUAGUGAUAAUAGUGAUAAUAGUGAUGGAACAAGACUAAAUACCCCCAGAACACAGUUUGAACUAUCUAACAUUUCUGUUUGGUAACAGACAUUAAACUGACGGCAACCCUAGGGAGCCUGUAUUCUAAUUACUUCUCUCCUGAAAUAUAUCUACUACCACAGAUCACUGUGAUCCAUGGCAUACUAACCAUUAACAAAAAUUUCCAGGGGAAUGCAAACUGGGGGAUUGUUGCAUGGGUUGGGAUUUUUCAGUUAAAGAGUUCACAUUUUCCAUGUGCCAUUUUGAAUUGGCUGGUGAUUUUAUUCUUAAGGGAGAUGUUUCAGUUGGCGAUUCUUUCAUUCUUUCUCUCUCUCUCUCUCUCUCUCUCUCUCUCUCUCUCUCUCUCUCUUUCUUUCCCCCUUCCUUCCUUUCUUUUUUCUUUCUUUCUCCCUUCUACCUCCCUUCCUCUCUCUUUCUUUUGUUUGACUUACUAGCAGUAAAAUAAUUUAAAAUUACUUGACUUUCAAUGCAUUUCUGAGAUGAUAACAAAUGGAGCACAAGCAGCAAGGAUUAAGUCAUAGGGCUGUAGAGACAGCUUAGCACUUUGCAAAGUGUUUGCUGCCAAGCAAAGAAUGGGGAUGGACCCUCAGAAACAACUCUGGUGAAGAAGCUGCCUGUAAAUCCUGCCCAGAGGGCAGCCCAGGCAGGGAUCCUCAAAGCAAGCUGGCUAAGGAGACUAACCUUACUGGCCAACCUUGAGUUCCACUGAGGGAUGCUGCCUUAAAGAAUAAGGUGAAGUGGCGAUCUGGGAAUGUUUCUAAUAUCAGCAGUGUAUUUCUCCACACAUGUGUACACACAUUUCUCCACACAUAUGAGAGCAUAUAUACAUGUACAUGUGGGGACAAAAGGUAAAACAAAAUCAAAAACUCCAAAAAACAAACCCCAAAUGCCCUCGCUUAGCUUUAUUCUUUACACAUAAUCUUCCUGAGCCCUGCUUUCUUUUAAGUGACUCAAAAUUAGCGUUAGGUCUCAGAUGUGAGAAAGAGCUCAGAAGUCAAAAACAUUUAUGUACCACAGAAGGUCAGUUUUUCAGAAUUCUUCCAAAGCAUGUGAGGGAUUCUGCUGAUGAUUGUGUGUGAAUUACAACAUGGCAAUUGAUUUGGUCUUUAUUAGGUGCUUUGUGCUUAUGAGUAUCAAGGUAAGUUUAUAGAAAGAUUUACUGUUUUGGGAAUACAUAGUUUUAAGGUAACCACUUAGAUGAACCAACUAGCAUCUUUGACUUUAGUGACUACAUUAAAGUAAAAACCUUCUAAGGUGAGCUGAGACUAAGUGUGACACUGUGGAGGGGUGUGUAUUAUCAGUGUUCUGAUGUCAGAGCUACCUCAUGCCUCUGACAACAUGACCAGAUAGGUAAGAGCAGUUCCUUAACAGAUGACAUCAUCCCAUUUGCAAAAUAGAGGCUGGCAGUUCCUUUUUUUAAAAAAGAGUUAUUUAUCUAUUUUAUGUACACAUGUACACUGUAGCUGUCUUCAGACACACCAGAAGAGGGCAUCAGAUCUCAUUACAGGUGGUUGUAAGCCACCAUGUGGUUGCUGGGAUUUGAACUCAGGACCUCUAGAAGAACAUUCUGUGCUCUUAACCACUGAGCCAUCGCUCCAGCCCCUGGCAGUUCCUUAACAUGACAUCAUCCUAUUGUGAAAUAGAGGCUGGACUGCUCUCAUUAAGAGCAACCAGUUUUAUGUAACUUUGAAUCCAGGUAUUUGGUUCCCUCAAUGGACUGCUAUAGAUCCUCUAUAUAUCUAUUGAGUCAAUGUAUAAAUACCAAGAAACAAUAUAUUGCAAACAUAAAUUGUUUGCAAUAAAAUGUGACACUAUACCAGUUCUAUCUCAUAAAUGGGAAAAUCCAUUUUCCUGUCAAAGUUGUUCAAGCUCAACAUUGAGAGUAGUUCCCCAAACAAGAUGUUAAGGUCAGAAACUCAUAUUAAUAGAGACUUUAUACAAUGUGCAUUUCAAGUUACAUUUGUUUAAUCUAGUUUUUCCUGAUUAGGAAAUUCAAUAACUAGAAAAUGUCAGAGCAGGUGUGUGCAGUGAUAUUUGACAUACCCAUUCCAGAAUAUAUUCAUAUACAUCACUAUAACAUAUUGUACUUAAUAGUUGACAAUUAAAAAUAAAAAUAUUAAGUGUAAUGGCUUAGUAUAAAGUAUCUAUGAUCAUGCUUUUUUCUGUUUACUUCUUGAGACAGGGUCUGACAUGUAGUUCUGGCUGUCCUGGACUCAGGUCUCCAGUGCUAGGACUAAAAGUGUCUCCAGCUAUUACAGAUCAUUAUGACAGCUGAAUCUUCCUUUGUUGCAAGCACUCAGAUGGACAGAUUUAAUUAAUAGGUACAGACACAAAAGUCCAUUCUUCAUUGGGUGGCCUAUCUUUUUGUGUCUGUGUGACAGGGUCUCACUGUGUAGUCAUGGCUAACCUUGAACUCACUCUGUAGACCAGGCUGGCCUUUAAACUCACAGAUAUCCACCAGCCUCUGCCUCCUAAAUGCUGGAAUUGUAGAUCUCUUCCACCAUUUCCAACUCAAAACCCUUUCUUCCUUAAAAUUUUGUUUUGAGACAGGGUCUCCUGCAGGAUGACCCUGAAUUCUGGUCCACCUGCCUCCACUUCCUGAGCGCUGAGAUCACAGGUGUGUAGUACCACGGCAGGUUUAUACAACAGUCAUUCUAGAACACCUCUCGAAGAGUACACUAGAGCUCUAACAUAAAGGUUUCACAGACUGCCUACUAAUACUCUACUCUCUGUUAGCUAGCCAAGCACUUUCCGACCUUUAGAAAUUAGUAUACAUUUUUUGUGCUUUCUAUACUUUUAUCUUUAAUGUAGCUACUAGGAUAUCAGAAAUCUUUAAAAAUUUAAGGAUUUACUUAUUUAUCUUUAGAUGUCAAGACAGGGUUUAUCAGUGUAGGCCUAGCGGCCUUGGAACUCACUAUGUAGCCCAGAUUGGCCUAGAACACCAGAACACAGGAAGAUCCAUCUGACACUAUGUCACCACCGCCCAGCAAGGAUUUAUUUUUAAAUUGUAUGUGUGUUUCUGUACACAUGGAUACAGGUGCCCACAGAGGACAGAAGAGAGCAUCGGAGUUGGAGUUAAAAGAAGUCGUGAGGCACCUGGCAUACAUGAGUUCUUGGAACUGUUAACACAGUUUACUACAAAGACCUUGGAUUGAGUGGUGCUUUUAAAGGGAAAUGCUUUCUUCACAUUUAAAGGAUGUAGGGUGGCAUGGUCGAAUAACUGUAGUCAGGUUUACCUUUUGCUUUUAGAGACUUCAACCAUACAGUGUCUAUGAAGACAGUUGGUUCCAGCUCUCAGUAGUCUCAGGCCCAGGGGUGACUUUUCCAACUGUCAGCUCACCCCAGCAGUUCAGCAGGAGGAAGAACAAGAAGUUGGUUUCAAUCAGCAAUUAUUUUAUGGUUUUGUUUUAAUGUUUCCUGAAUAUCAGAGGUGUCAAUCGUUUGAGGCGAGGGAUGUAAAAAUAGCUUUCUACCUAGGUACUCUCUAGGCACAUGUGGAUUAUUUAGUCAAUAAUUGUAGAGAAAGCUUUACUAAAACAUUUUUUCUUAGUACAAAUGAAUAUGUUCAUUGUAGAAACCUAAGAAAGUAUAAACUUUAGAAGAUAAAUAAAAGUUUUUUUUUUGUAAAAAAAUUGUAUUUACUUAGAAGCAUUCAGAAUGUCAACAAAACAGCCACCAUUUUUUUGCAAUUACAGAGUGGUAUUCAGUUAACAGAACAACAACCUUCGUAUAAGCUGCAUCAGAAACAACUGAAGAUGAAAAAAAAAAAACCCAAAAAACCAAAAAACCAAAAACCAAAAACCAAAAACAAAACAAAACAAAACAAAAAAAAACAAAAAAAACAAAAGAAAAAAAAACAGGGGUUGGGGAUUUGGCUCAGUGGUAGAGUGCUUGCCUAGCAAGAGCAAGGCCCUGGGUUCGGUCCCUAGCUCCGAAAAAACAAACAAACAAACAAACAAACAAACAAAAGAAACCAAAAACCAAACUACUGUCCCCAUAUAUAACUAAUUUGUGCUGUGGACCAACAAGAACCUGCUUUAAUUUCCAUGCCAAUUUACAACCUCAGACUGUACCAGGCAAGGUUAGUGGCUAUUGAAAAUACCACCAGGACAGGGCUAGCUAAAGACACAUUUGGUAGUGUGUUAACUAUACAAAAAAAGACACUGUACAGUUUAAAAACAAAUCUUACACAGCCUUACAUUUCAAUUUUUUUCUUUAAAAGGAGUGAGUUGUGUACAGGGCGUUUAAAUGCUUUAUAGACAAGGAAAAAAAAAACUGCCCUAGAACCAACUUAUUCAUCAUCAUCAUCUUCAUCUUCCUCUUCGUCUUCCUCUUCGUCUUCCUCUUCCUCAUCCUCUUCAUCCUCCUCGUCGUCUUCCUCUUCCUUCUUUUUCUUGCUCUUCUCAGCCUUGACCACCCCCUUUUUCGCUGCAUCAGGUUUUCCUUUAGCUCUGUAGGCAGCAAUAUCCUUCUCAUACUUCUCCUUCAGCUUGGCGGCCAUCUUCCCAUAGGGCUGCUUGUCAUCCGCGGCAGUGUUGGUCCACAUCUCUCCUCGUUUCUUUGCAACAUCACCAAUGGAUAAGCCAGGGUGCUCACCUUUGAUUUUUGGGCGGUACUCAGAACAGAACAAGAAGAGGCCGAAGGAGGCCUCUUGGGGGCACUGGGUCCUUGAACUUCUUUUUGGUCUCCCCUUUGUGGGGGAUGUAGGUUUUCAUUUCUCUUUCAUAACGAGCCUUGUCAGCCUUUGCCACAUCUUCAAAUUUCCCCUUUUCUUUAGCAGACAUGGUCUUCCACUUCUCUGAGCACUUCUUGGAGAACUCUGAGAAGUUGACCGAAGCAUCUGGGUGCUUCCUCCCGGCAGGUUUGCACAAAGAAUGCAUAUGAGGGCAUUUUGCCUCUCGGCUUCUUAGGAUCUCUUCUGUCCAUGUUUAGUUGAUUUCCUCUGCGAGGUACAGAGUCGCCCAGUGCCCGUCCGGCUCUCGCUUGCCCCGGCGCUGUCUCUGUGGAGCUCAAUGUACUGCAAUGGCUAUGAGAGCAGGAGCCAGACUCGAUAAAUAAGUUAUUCACAAUUUAAGCAACUAAAAAUCAUUGCCUUUAACGUGUAUGUAUAUGAGAGAAUGUUUUCCAAACUUGUUAUAAGAUGUUAGUCAAAACUCAACUCUUAUUGGAAUAUGGGGUCUUCUUUUUUUUUUUUUUGGUUCUUUUUUUUUUUUUUUCCGGAGCUGGGGACCGAACCCAGGGCCUUGCGCUUCCUAGGUAAGGGCUCUACCGCUGAGCUAAAUCCCCAGCCCCUGGAAUAUCGGGUCUUCUGACUGAGCACAGCCCUUCUGGAGUCUCUUCACGAGAGUCUGCCAGAGAGAACAGCAGUAGCUAUCAGUUAGUGUUAUAGAGGAAGCAAUGUGCCUGAGUGAAUCUGUGCUUGGCUGACAGAGUGAUGACUCAGGACGGUGGAAUAGUGAUUGAAAUGGAAUAUUUGAAAUCAUUAUCACGUUCCCCUCCUGGUACUAGGGUUCACCCAGGGCCUCAGACUUAAAGGCAAGUGCUCUACCGUGAGCUGUAUCUUCAGCUCGGAAUUCUCUUUAAAGUAAUUAAACCUGAAGGCUGCUCUUGCCAAUCAAGUAGCGUUGCUCAGGAGAGUGGGAGUCUUUUGGGAUCCGGCUCAUCCUUGUUUUUCUCCACAGGGCCAACGCGAUUAGCAUUAUAUGAAUACUUGUCUAGGGCAAACGUUCCUUACAACCAUGUAACUAACCAUGGCGGCUCCUUACAACAACUGGCUGUAGGAGAAAUUAUGGCCAAAACUUUUUACAGAAUUAUUUUGUACCAUUAGCUCAACAUUUAGAACUCUGAUUAAGCAAAUGUGUUAUUACAACUAAUAAAGUAUGUGAAAACUUA